UCCUCUGAGCCUGUACGAUGGAGUGAAGCUGUUGGAGCUAUUGGCUGAUAAAAUCCACUUGGCAACCAGCAGCUUCAUCAACAUCAGCGUCGUCGGACCCGCGUUGACUUUCCGCAUCCGCCAGAACGAGCACAACAUGACGGCUGCAGAAGUGGCUGCUAAAGCUGUAUCCGAAAAGAACUUCCUGGAGUCGGAGACAGGCCUGAAGAUCGUACAGACUGGUGUGGGAGAGAGGACGGAUGCACGGGGUCUCCCUCAGGUAACCAGGGUUUCCCAGGGCUCCAGUGGGACAGUCAUCACCCUUGUUUCCAUGGCAGUUGUUGGAGGCGUGUUGGUAUUGGCCAUGGCCGUUGCUUGUCUCAGGCACUAUGCUCAGCAGGUGGCCAAUGGCAAGCUUGGCCUGGGGCCAGAGGGAGGAGCAGAAACACACUUUGACUACCAGGAGCUGUGUCGGCAGCACAUGGCGUCUAAAUCCUCCCUGUGCCGCCAGGACUGCGUGGGCGGGGGGAGCAGCGGCAUCGCGGGCUCCGCUAUAGGAACCGGCGCUGGUGGACGGAGGGGUACGGACACGUCCCGCGUCAGCAGCGUGUCCUCCCAGUUCAGCGAUGGUCCUCAGCACAGCCCGUCCUCCACCCACAGCUCCACCCCGUCCUGGAGUGAAGAGCCGGCCCAGUCCAACAUGGACAUCUCCACUGGUCACAUGAUCCUGGCGUAUAUGGAGGAUCACCUGCGCAAUAAGGACCGCCUUCAGAAGGAGUGGGAGGCCCUGUGCUCCUAUCAGGCCGAACCCAGUUCAGUAGCCGUGGCCCAAGUCCCGAGCAACAUGGACAAAAGCAGACACGCCGAGUCCCUCCCCUAUGAUCACUCUCGGGUGAAGCUGAAGGCUGAAGUAAACCCCAACAAACAAGAUUACAUCAACGCCAGCAUCAUUUUCGAUCACGACCCUCGCCAACCGGCUUAUAUCGCCACACAGGGACCUCUGCCACACACUGUCGCUGAUUUCUGGCAGAUGGUGUGGGAGAACGGCUGCACGGUGAUUGUGAUGAUGACGGCUCUGUUGGAGGACGGAGAGAAGCAGUGCGAACGAUACUGGCCUGACGAGGGCUCGUCACUCUACCACAUCUACGAGGUGAACCUGGUGUCGGAGCACAUCUGGUGUAAGGACUUCCUGGUGCGCAGCUUCUACUUGAAAAACGUCCAGACGCAGGAGACGAGAACCUUGACGCAGUUUCACCUGCUGAGCUGGCCUGCUGACGGCAUCCCCACCUCCACACGGCCGCUGCUCGACUUCCGCAGGAAGGUGAAUAAAUGUUACAGAGGUCGAUCCUGCCCAAUUAUUGUGCACUGCAGCGACGGCACCGGCAGGACUGGCACGUACAUCCUCAUCGACAUGGUGCUGAACCGCAUGGCCAAGGGAGUGAAGGAGAUUGACAUUGCAGCCACACUGGAGCACAUCAGAGACCAGAGACCAGGCCUGGUGCGCACCAAGGACCAGUUUGAGUUUGCUCUGACAGCAGUAGCCGAGGAGGUGAACGCCAUCUUGAAAGCGCUGCCACAGUGAGACGCGGCAGCCGAAGGACACGCCGACGAAAUGCAGAUACACAAGAGAAACACCCGACCCAAAGGACGCGCCAUCCGAUCAUGUAUGUCCGUUACUGUAAAUAAGAACUUGCUCGGCCACACUCGGAGCCGUCACCGCUCCCGUUGUCAACCUGCAGUAUUUCUUUUUUCAUCCACUCAUUCUCUGGGUUUUUAAAAACUUUUUGGAAGUUCUACAAUGAUAAAGGGUAGGAAAUGUUUUGUUGGCAGGAUGCAAAAGGUCAAAUUUCUUCACUAUUGUGGCACAAAUUUGAUCUCCGUCUCUGCUCUGUGAAGUUUCUACCUAAUUACACAAGGACCCGGCCAAAAGAAAUUACCAGAUUCAGAACCUUUGUGCCUGUGUGAACCCAGAUGAAACACUUCUCCUGAGCACAGAUUAGGGAGCCAUUGGCUGUGUGGUCAUACGGUCAGACAGUCCUUCUGUUUGACUGUAAUGGCUUUAACAUCAGAGUGUUUUUAUCUAUCUUACCGCCAUCUCAUUCAACUUUUGCCUUUUAGUGGACAUGAUUACCUCAAAUGACGAAUCAAAGGGUUUGUUUCGGCUGCUCUGAUAAACAAUCGGGCCAAUGUUAAAAUUAAAUCCCCUUGCGAACUUCUCUACCUU